UAAUCCAUGGCCUCUUUUCUCCACUUGGCGGUUAUUCACAAUCACAAUGUCUCUCUCUGCACUCACAGUUCCCCCCAUAACCGUCACUACUGUGAGUAUCAAUUCCACACUCUCUUUAACCACCAAAACCCUCCCAUUUCUCAAACCUAACUUUCCCUUCUAUAAAUUCAAAUCCCUAAUCUCUCACUGCUCCAUUUCCGAUCGUGAAGAACACCGCUGGCUUCGCGAAGAACAACGCUGGCUCCGAGAAGAGCAACGUUGGAUUCGCGAGGAGAAUCGUUGGAAUCGCGAACGCGAUGAGCUUCUUAGAGAGAUUACCGAACUUAAACACCAGAUUCAAUCGCUAGAGCGACGAAUUGUAGCUUCGGAUUCUUCUUCUUCUACGGCUUCGGUUUCUGAUGCGGUUACGAAUGUUACUACGUUGUUGCAAGUGUUGAAGGAUAAGAAUUUGGUUCUUGACAGUGGUUCUAGUCAAAGGAGGUUAGUGCUUGAGGAGAAAGAUGAAGAUGGAGAGGAAGAGGAGAAGGAAACGGUUGAGGUUGUUGAAGAAAAGGAGAUUGUAGUUGUUGAGGAACCUAUUGCUAGGGUUCAAAAGAGGACCGUUUUGCGAACAGGUUCAGAAGGAGAAGAUGUUCGAAAGUUGCAGGAAGCAUUGCAAAAAUUGGGGUUUUACUCGGGUGAAGAGGACAUGGAAUUCUCUAGCUUCUCAAGUGGAACUGAGCGUGCUGUGAAGACUUGGCAAUCUUCAUUAGGUGUCACUGAGGAUGGGAUCAUGACAUCUGAACUUCUUGAAAAGCUAUAUUUGGAGAUAAGGACUACAGAUAUAGGAAAUGCAAAGGAAACCAAAAAAUCUACUACUGUUUUACCAAAGGAAGUUGAAAAUGGAGCUGCCGUUGCUUCUGCGAGAGAAAUUUCUGAGGUUCAGCAAAACGUUGUGGGGGAAGUUGACAAAGGAACAGAAUUAUCCCAUCCAAGAGUUUUUCUCCUUGGAGAAAAUCGGUGGGAAGAACCCUCAAGACUUAUUGCAAAGGGUGCAGUUGAUAGGGUCAAGAAAAAGGAUGCAACAACAAAAUGCCUUCAAUGUUCUGGGUUAGGUAUCUUGUUGUGUACAGAAUGUGACGGGACUGGUGAGCCAAAUAUUGAACCUCAGUUUAUGGAAUGGGUCGGCGAGGAUACAAAAUGCCCAUAUUGUGAAGGCCUAGGGCAUACAAUUUGUGAUUUAUGUGGAGGCAAAACGAUGGUGUAGGUAUGACAUACGUUUCUUCAUUGUUUCAUAUAGGUUCAGGUUUUGGAGCUUACAAGCUAAGUGAAACUACUGGGAAAUGAAUGCAGAUUGGGUUCAUGUACUUUCUCCAAAAUGAAUGUGGCCAAAUGCAAUUGAGUUUUUGCUAAACUGGACGUAUUUAUUCACCAAAUCAAUCGUGAUAACUUUCUUGAGAUUUGGAAAGGAGAAUUUUCUGUCAUGACUAAUUUAGAUCAGUUUAUGUUUUGAAAAUAGCCUCACUUUUGGGAAAAACCUGGUUUUAAAAUUUAUGACUAUGGCUGUAACCCGUUCUUCUAGUUAUACUUAAGUAGUUUAUGACAAAAAAGCUUGUCUACUACAAGAUACAUUCAAUCUCAAACUUCACAAGUAUAGUGUUAUUUGACAUGUCAAACUAAUAAUAUGGAGUAAUUUUUUUUUUA